AAACUACCCCCUUUAAUAAAGUCACACCUCUAAUCAGAGUCUUCUCCUUUACCCCUGUGCACUCGCACCACAGCUAAUCAUAAUCACCCUUAUUCUAGGCGCGAGACAGAAGCAAAGCAAAAAAGGGCGAAGCAGAGUGUUUCAUAAAUUAACAAAGACUUUGAAAAAGAAGAGUGUUUCCCGACGUUUUCUUACAUUUUCUCUCUCCUCUUUCGCCGGAGUUCAAUGGAGCCGCCGACAUCGCCGUCCUCUUCGUCGUAUCCUUUGCCAUUUUCGGCGUCGAAGUUCGCUUCUCUUCCAAUUAUGGCUAUGAAAGAGAAAAUUGUUGAGAAGAUUAUGGAGAAUAGAGUCACUCUUAUCGUCGGCGAAACUGGUUGCGGGAAAAGCUCACAAGUUCCACUGUUUCUUCGCGAAGCAAAUAUGACCCCAGUUGUCUGUACACAACCUCGGAGGUUUGCUGUUGUUGCUGUUGCUAAAAUGGUUGCAAAUAUUGUUCAAUGUGAAGUCGGAAGCGAGGUUGGUUAUCACAUUGGUCACUCUAAGGUCGUAUCAUCCAGUUCAAAAAUCAUCUUUAAAACUGCUGGUGUACUGCUGGAGGAAUUGCGAGAGAAGGGAAUAAAUGCUCUCAAGUACAAGGCUAUCAUUCUAGAUGAAGUGCACGAGAGAUCAGUAGAAUCCGAUCUUGUUCUUGUCUGUGUGAAGCAGUUUCUUCUCAGAAACAAAGACAUAAGGCUGGUGUUGAUGUCUGCAACCGCUGAUAUAUCGAGAUACCGGGAUUACUUUAAGGAUCUUGGUAGGGAUGAAAGAGUGGAAGUCCUUGCUAUCCCUAGUCCCGAUCAGCAUACCAAUUUUCAGCGGAGGGUCCUGUAUCUCGAACAGGUUGCUGAACUUCUUGAGGCGAUACCUGAAUCUUCAGAUUCAUUGUGUGUGAAAUACUGUUGCGGGACAGCCCCAUCCAUGGCUAAGGCUGAUAUCAAACGUGAUGUACACAAUCUUAUCCAUGAACUUGUCUCGUAUAUACAUAAAAAUGAGCCAGACAUUGAAAAGAGUAUUUUGAUUUUCCUUCCAACAUACUAUUCCUUGGAGCAACAAUGGUUCCUCUUAAAGCCCUUCAGUUCAGAUUUCAAGGUCCAUAUUUUACACAGCAGUGUAGAUACAAACCAAGCUCUAAUGGCUAUGAAGAUAUCAAAGUCUCGUCGUAAGGUUAUAUUAGCUACCAAUAUUGCAGAGUCAUCAGUGACAAUACCUGAAGUUGCAUAUGUCAUUGAUUCUUGCCGAUCACUACAAGUUUACUGGGACGAAAACCGAAAAAUGGAUACGUCUGAGCUUGGUUGGGUUUCUAAAUCUCAGUCUGAUCAGCGUAAAGGAAGAACUGGCAGGACUUGUGAUGGCCAGAUUUAUAGGUUGGUUACAGGAACAUUUUACAAUAAGCUGCCAGAUUUUGAGUCUCCUGCAAUUCUCAAGCUAUCACUAAGACUACAGGUGCUCUCCAUUUGCUGUGCUGAAUCAAAAUUUAUUAAUGACCCGAAAGCUUUGUCCCAAAAGGCUUUGGACCCACCAGAUCUUGAGAUUAUAGAGGAUGCACUGAACUUACUUGUGCAUUUAAAAGCAUUACACAAAACACAUCCUAGGGGUCGAUAUGAACCCACUUUUUAUGGGCGAUUGCUUGCCAGUUUCUCCUUAUCCUUUGACGCUUCUGUGCUGAUUCUUAGAUUUGGUGGUGCUGGAAUGUUACGCGAGGGAAUUUUGCUUGGCAUAUUGAUGGAUAUGCAGCCUCAACCAAUUAUUCGUCCCUUUGGUCAAGAAAACUUGUUUAUGGAAUAUACAGAUUCCUACUUUUCAGUAAGUGGAGAGAAUCCUUCUGUGUCUGGAAGGAAGGAGGUGGUUUGCUUGGCGAAUCUAUGCGCUUAUCAAUUUUGGCAACGAGUAUUUAAGGAUAAGCAUCGGUUGCAACAUUUGAAGCAACUUUUAAAUGCUGAUGAGAUAAAAGCGCCGCACACAUUGCUCAGUAGAAUUGAAGAAGAAUGGUGCUUCUCCCAUAACUUGCUGCAAUCAUCAAUGCAUCAAAUUUCUGAAAUAUAUAACGACAUUUUAUGUUCGUUGCAUAGAUAUAGGCCUACAUUUCUUGCCACAUCUUGUGGCUUUCCCUCUUACUAUGAUGAUCCUUAUGAGUUCAGACACGAGUGCCUUCUAGAAUGUCAACCAAACGAAGAUUUGACUGCUCUUCCUGAGGAUGAAGAAACAAGAAAAUGCCUUGCUACUCCAUUUGUACCCCCUCACCACUUUCGAAGCCAAAUUAUAGCAGAGAAGUUUGCAAAUGUUAUUAAAGAGAUCCGAGUUCAGCAUGCAGAAGCCUUGGUUGAGGAUCCUCAUCAGUAUGUUGAUGAGAGGGGAUCAUUUUAUAAUGAGGAAUCACCAAUGUGUAGGUUUUUUGUCCAAGGGUUUUGUAGGAGGGGAAGUGAUUGCAUGUACACCCAUUCACUGCAAGCCAAAAGACCUGUGUGCAAAUUUUUUGCAUCGUUACAGGGUUGUCGGAAUGGUGACAAAUGUGUCUUUUCUCAUGAACAUGGUGCUCAAGUUGUGUCAUCUGAAUCAAGUUUAUGCAUUCCAGAAGAUGAGGCUGCUGAUGCUGCAGCAUUUAUUAAAUUAUUUCCCAUACCUUCCGAUGGUUGUCUAUUGCUGUUGGAUGACACAGACUUCCAUUUUUCAUCAAACUUCACCCAACAUUAUGAACCAACAAAAAUUAUAGCCACCACCUCUCUCUCACAGACCACGAUAUUUGAUCCAUCACUGUCUAGUGUUCAAAUUUUGUGGGAUAUUAGUCAACCUUUCAAGAUUUUUAGCUUUGGAGCAGUUGAAAAUCCCAUAUCUUGGGACAAGGUGAAGCGUGUCUUCUGGUUUCCAAAUUUUGGUAGCUGUGAAGAAAGCGCAGAAAGGCAAAGUCAUCUUGUUCAGAACUUCUUUGAGCAUUUGGCUGUACGCAUAUUGGCUGAUACAUUGUUUGACGUGCAUGUCAUCCUUACCAUGAACAAUAUCAGGUUCUCACACCUACAGGUGGAGAAAUUGGGUAGAGAGUGCUUCUUCUUUCUCAAGGAGUCUUUUCAGUUUGAUGAAACAACCUUUGGAGUUUUACCAGAUGCUGUCAAUUCGAAGAAACCUCUAGUAACAUCCAUCCCCGUUUCCUAUGUUUUCAUCCUGCGUCCGCCAACUGACCUGCAGUUUGGAGAUUAUGCUUCUGCCUUGCAUGAUCGUCUACACAGCUUUUAGUAAAUAAUUGGACUGGCUACAUCAACCUGAUCAUAGUAGAUUCGAAAGUUUAAAAUGGUGCAAUAUGUGCAGUUUUACUAAUAACUAAUCCUUUUGUGUCGCUGUAUGUAUCUUGUGAAGCAUUUUAUGAACGUUAGUUGGGGAAGAAUUGCACCAUCACUAACCAAGUAACUAAUCAACUUGAAAUUGCCUUUUGGAAUUAGGUAUACACUUAAAAGGACUUGGUCCGCGUUAGUGUUAUUGUGAUUUGUUAAUCAAAAAAGGAAGUUUCUACAGUCUAAAAAAGGAUGUAUCCAUCAAUGACCAGGCUAUUUGAUUACUCCGUAAUUCAUUGCUCUUUGAACUUC